GGGUCAGGGCUUUUAAUAGGACUUCAACCCAAUGAAUUGCUCUAAUUGUCAAUUAGAAACCUCUCAGAAGUCUCAGUUCUCCAUUGAAGCGCACUUGACGUUCUCCAUUGAAAUACUUGUAUCCCCCAUUGAAGCAGCUUCUGAGGGUUUCUUAUAUUGCAAUGGAUCCUCAACCUGAACCAGUAAGCUACAUCUGUGGAGAUUGUGGGCAAGAGAACACUCUGAAGCCGGGAGAUGUCAUCCAGUGUAGAGAAUGUGGUUAUCGCAUUCUCUACAAGAAAAGAACUCGUCGAAUUGUCCAAUAUGAAGCACGCUGAACACGGCUGAAGGGAUGCAAGGUUCAAAACAGAAGUGGAGAUAUAUCAUGGAUUAUGGAAUGCGUUGUAUGUAAUGGACAAUUAAGCUAUGCAUAAAGAGAACUAUGAUUGUAGGAGUUGUAAGAUAUGCGCCAACCUUUAUUGGUGUCUGGCUGGUCUUAUUUCAGCAGGGAAUUUCACUAGAAAUUGGUAUGCUCACUUGGGCAACUUAUGUUUUGUUGAAAUGGGAGUCUGAAAUUUUGUUUAAUUUGGUGUUAUAUCUGACAUACUUCCUCCAUUUCAAAUUCGAUUACACAUUCCUCUUAGGAAAGUUACUUUUUAGAUGACA